CGAGCGUGACCCGGCGCUCUCGCGCGGGCGGUUUGCGGCCUUCGCCUCCACGACCAGCGCCACAGGCCGCCGUAGCCGCUUCGCUCACCUGCCCCCUCCCUCCCCGGCGUCGUUUCGCCCUCUACCUGGGGAGGAGGAGGAGGGUGCCGCCGCUAAACCGGCCAUGACUCUCUCUGCCAAGGAGCUGAGCGCCCUCAUCGAGCUCGUGUCGGAGGAGGCGAGCGCCAAGAUGUCUCUGGAGUCGCUCUCCGCCGCGCUGGCCCACAGCGUCCCGCGAGCGCAGGUGUUUCGUGCCGGGGCGGCGCUGCUGGCAUUGCUACAGCAGCCGGACCUUCUGCCCGGUGCCCCGCAGCGUCUUGCCGCUCUCUACCUCCUUUGGGAGAUGUACCGCACCGAACCGCCCGCCGCAAGCCCCUUCGCCGCCGUCUUCGCGCACCUCCUCGACCCGGCGUCUCCCUCGCCCGCCGCUUCGGCGGUGGCACCAGCUGGAGGUGCAGCAAUAUCAGUAGCAGGGUCGUCCACAGCUGCUGCUGCUGUUGGGAGGGCAGGAGCUGCUGCCACUACUGCUGCAGUUGCACCGGCAGCAGGAGGAGCAGCGUCAACUGCCACUGCUGCGGCCGGGAGGGCAGGAACUGCUGCCACUACAGGCUUCCUGCCGCCCAUCACCGGUGCCGAGAAGUUCUUCCUGUCUCAUCUGAUGCUGGCACCGCCUCGAGAGCUCUUCAAGAAGACCCCGCGCCAGAUCUGUGCCACCGACAUGUCCACGGUGCCCUUGCAGCCUGUGGACAUCAGUGGGCUGCAGUUGGCACUCGCAGAGCGCCAGUCCGAGUUACCGACCCAGAGCAAAGCGGGGAUCCCUGCCAUCCUGGCUGACGCGGAUCCUGACUCCGGCUCGGGGCCUGACAGCACCGUCGCCGCACAGGUGGCAGAGGCGCUGCUCACCGGGACUCACCCGCCCAUCGACAGUCACCUGCGCCCAGAGUUCAUCCGCCCGGUGCCACCGCUGCACGUGUGCGAGGACGAGCCGGCCUGGAUUAACCCCACGGAGCCGGAGCACAGCGUGCGCUGGGACCGCUCCAUGUGUGUGCAGAGCAGCGCCGGCCUGGAGAUCAAGAGGCUCAUGGGCAAGGCGUUUAAGAGCCCACUCACCGUGCACCAGCAAAAGCAGGUGCUGAACGAGCUGGAGAAGGACCCCAAGCUCGUGUACCACAUCGGGCUGACGCCCAGCAAGCUGCCAGACCUGGUGGAGAACAACCCCCUCGUGGCCAUAGAGAUGCUGCUCAAGCUUAUGCAGUCAAGCCAAAUCACCGAGUACUUCUCCGUGCUCGUCAACAUGGAGAUGUCCCUGCACUCCAUGGAGGUCGUCAACAGGCUAACAACUGCAGUGGACCUUCCUCCAGAAUUCAUUCACCUGUACAUCUCAAACUGCAUCUCCACCUGUGAAAACAUCAAGGAUAAGUACAUGCAGAACCGGCUGGUGCGGCUCGUGUGCGUCUUCCUGCAAUCGCUCAUCCGCAACAAGAUCAUCAAUGUGCAGGACCUGUUCAUCGAAGUGCAGGCCUUCUGCAUCGAAUUCAGCCGAAUCCGCGAGGCGGCCGGCCUCUUCCGGCUCCUCAAGACGCUCGAGUGCAACGAGGGUCCGUCCGACGGCAAGACGGGCAAGUAGCCGAGGGGUGCUCAUGGGCGCCGAGCGUCCCUCAAAGAGCAUCCUCAGCCGAGCAAACCUCGCCAUGUUCUCCUCCUCGAUGGACCCUGCAGAUCUCAAUUUUUGCCUCGUUGAUGUGGAAAAAUAAGGGUGGAAUAAAAAACAAACCACGUUGUGGAAACGUUUAAUUUUUUCAACAAACCCUGUUAAGAAGUCCGAUUGAAACUGACGUUUAGCCUCCUCCGUGACAACUCUGCUUAUGACACACCGAUCUUUGUGAAUUUUGUGGCAGUGCCAAGCGAUGAAUGUGCAGUGGUCACAUUGUGAUUAAAAGGGUCUUAUUUGGCCUGUCAGAGGCUAAAUGAAGAACAGGCUGCUAGACUCAUAGGCUGGUAUCCAGUGUAAUGUAAGUGCACAGGACUGAGCUACUCCCUUUUGACACGUGUACUUUUUCAUACAAACAAAUAACUUUUUUCUAUCGUGUAUUGGAUAACCAUUGUGUGCGGAAGAAAAGGUUGGCCUUCACAAUGUUAAAGAAUUGCAAUCAUCUGUCAAGUGUGACCCACGACUGUUAACGUUACCCUAGCCAUCGUAGCAAGUUGAUGCUUACAAAAUUAGGUGUGACAUCCUGCAGUCAGUUGAGGGUUAAAACGAGCAUUUCCCAUACGUUUGUGGCUAUAAUACCACUGCAUGCUGGGUGGAGGUUUGCUGUAGUUAAGCUGCACAAUGUCCAUUGUUGUUUCUUCUCGAAGGCCAAGUGUAGCAAUCAGUAUCUUGGCUCACGGGUGAUUGUCAGUUGCGUUGUGAUUGUAGGUUUAACUUUGUCAUUCCAAAUGCUACAGAAAUGUUCUGACCAUGACCUCUUCUCCAUUGCCCAUUCCUUUCUCUUGCCCCUCCACUCCUUCCUGUCCCCUGCCAUUUCAUGACCCCAAUGUGCCCCAAUUACGGUCGCUCACUCCUAGACUCUUGCAUGCCACUCCCCUACUAAAUCACCAUUUUUGUUAACAGUUUUAAACUAUGUAAAGCAACUUUAGCUAAAGCACUCCAUAAAUGUAACAUAAUACUGGUAGGAACCUCCUGGUUACACCAGCCCACAGGGGAUUAUUGUGUCCGCCGUGCAGGGAGGGGCUGGGUGGGGAGGGGCUGGUCACCCCGUAGUGCCCUGAUAAAACUCAACGUUUAACCUAUUCACGCCAGCUUGUGCCUGCCCUCACAGUCGGGCAUAUUUGCAGAAUACACCACGCCGCCGUUGACCCUGGCCAUUGACCGAGCAACCCAACGUUCCUACCAGCUCUCUCCGCAGGAAUGUGUUAAGAUAUUUUUUUUAAAAUCCCUUUUCACCAGGCCAACUAUUGUUGCAUGGGAAAGCUGAACACCGGGAAGAAUGGUGGCUGGGUGUUUGCGAAAAUGUGUAAAAUCGAUUAGAAAUUAUGGGGCCCCUAAUCCCACGAGCAGCAACUCCGGUGCCCACUCAGCCACCACCACACGCUCCCCCAGUUCCCCACUAACACGCUUAUGUUGCUUCCAGCUCCGCUUGACAGUAUUAGCCUGUGCGCAGAUAUUGCAUUAUCCUUUAAAUCAAUAACACCUCGUGUACUCUAAACAGGCUGUUCAUUCAAUAUUAAUGUGGAAAAAUACAAAAUUAAUUCCUCCUUCCCGCACUAUUUAUCACUUUGCCAUGAAUGUACCUGUAAUUUUCUUACAUCGUCUAGAUACCAGUGAUAAAACAUGUUUCCUUUCAUCCUUAAAGCACACUCAAAAGAUAAUACUCAAUAUCGAGUACAUUAGUGCUUAACUCCUGGCUCUAUUUGACUAUGGUAAAUGAUCACAGUCAAAAUUCAACAUCUUAAUGCUGAAACCGCUUGGUAGCCAUGAGCCAGUGAUGUAAACUUUGCUUACUGCAGUAUUGUUCUCACAUCGCAGUGCAAUUCACUCCGAAGUUCUCAAUCGGUGACUGGGCAGCUUUUACUCAAUGUAUGCAAAUCAUUUUAACCUCCCACACUAAUCCCCACACUACUGUACCAACUACACUGGCUCCUUGUCUACUUUUGUUUGAAUUUCUCACUCGUCUAAAAAUGUUGACAUGGUCUUGCUCCAACUUAUCUUGCUCGUCUCGUAUCUUGCCGCCCUGCGCCCAAUUUCGCUUUCGUUCCUUUUUCCCUUGCUCCUCCUCACUGGAACAAACUUCUGCUGCACAUCAAUCGGCGUCACUAACCUGCUUCCUUUCCUCCAUUAAACCCCAUCUCUUCUUUCUAGCCCAUCCUGCCGAUCACCAACUACAAGGCCUACCCCAACCUCUAACCCCCUCCCGCCUGUUUGCCCACCUUUCACCAUAACUACAGCAUCACUUUUAAUAACCCUCCAUCUCAAUGACGAUCUUGCAUACAAUUUUAGAAUUGCUGUAAAGCCUAUACAAGACAAGAAAUCGAUAAAAGCACAGUCGCGAACGUGGAGCUCUUCAGAAUGGGCGCCUGAUAGGAGGUCGCGGUUGUAGUAUUUGGCUCUCGGUUGCUAUCUCGUCCCAUGAAGCGGUGCACUCUUUUUGUAAAUUGUGAAGAGUAUCUUUAGCUGUGCACGUGUGUGUCCUCAAGAGAACGUGGACGAAAAUAACACAUUUUGUUUUACGUUCAAUCUGAAGCCAUUUGGAGGAUCGCUUUCUCUGAUACAUUUUUUUUUUUUUCAAAUAAAAUUUCAAGUUUU